AAGCUGAAGUGUUGAGUACACAGAGGCGUGUUGGAGCAACCGCACACUGCUGCUGCCGUAUAUGUGCUCGGUGUACGGGGUGAGUGUCGUUACGGUGAACGGCAGAAUAGCUAUUUUGACCAGCUCCGUCCCUGUUCGGUCAUUUCGUUAGGAGCGGAGGCUUGUGUAUCGUCAUGAUGAACAAAAACGUGACUAGGCACCCAAAGCUCCGUGUUAUGCAACCGCUGACCUACUAACACACAUUCGAGGACGACGAGAGGAGAAAGUGUGUGUGUGUGUACGUGUGUGUAAGAGAGGAAAACUGGAGCAAAGCCUCCGACAUAACAUAAGGACGGAGAGGGAGGGAGAGAUAGACGGCGAAUAGCAGCACAUUCAGGGAGUCACAUUAAUCGACACAAAGCCGGUGAGUGGAUCACGACCCACGCGGGACAUUUUCAGCCCAGUCUGAAGUUGUAAAAGGAAGAAAGACCAGAAUCGGGACGAGAAACCGCAUCUAGAGGUGCGGAGGAGCGAUUUAUUGAAGAAUACGAGAGGAUUCGUUCGUUUCACGAAAGGAAUGCGCUAUUUCACUUAGAUCGACAACGACUUGGAUAAAACACUGAGCUGAGACGGAUCUGAUGAAUGAUCAACAUCUUUCAAAGGUGCUUGGAAAAAAAAGUUCAUUCUUCAACAGCUAUCCCAGCCUACACUGCCACCUCACCCAUUAAAAAAAACGAGGAGAUUUGCCAAGUCAACAAAUUGAACUGUCUAAAAUCGGAAAGAACUGAAAGCAAGCUCUAUCACAUCUGUCCAAUGACGGUUGUUUUUGUUGCCUUUCAUCUUUUUCUAAUCUUUUUGACCAAUCUGGACACUUGAAAGAUUUGAAGGCUGAUUAAAGUAGGAGGAAAAAGGCAUCAAUCAGAAAUACAUACAGUUCCUCUUUGGAGGAAAAAAAACAGAACCUCAUACGUCAUUGAGCAUACUGACAAUUACGUGUGAUUUGGAAGAAACAAAUACUCUUCAGUAUUACAACAUUUUUCAAUGUCCACUGAGUGCCAGUUAUACAAACUGGCCUUAACAGGACCACAAUGGAAAGCCUGAAUCUUCCUACCCAAAACAGCGGUUCCAGUUUGGAAACAUUAGAGACAUUCUCAAACUACAGUGAGAGUUUACCAUCACCUCAAAUGACCAGCCCUCCACGUCAAGGCCGACUCAUAAAACCAAAACCCAACACGACCUGUCGGCGAAAGCGGGAGUUCAUCUCAGAUGAAAAAAAAGAUGCAUCCUACUGGGAAAAACGACGCAAGAAUAACGAGGCUGCCAAAAGGUCAAGGGAGAAGCGCCGGCUCAACGACAUGGUGUUGGAGAACAGGGUAAUAGCACUGAAUGAGGAAAACGUGAGGCUGAAGACGGAACUCCUGCAGUUGAAAUUAAGAUUUGGACUUAUAAGCUCUGCGUCUUACAUGGAGAAGACCCAGCAGAUCAGCAGUAGUUCAGAGGCAGCGACUAAUGGAGCUAAUGGUACCGGGCCAACUUCCGGAAAUCCAUAUUACUCAAGCAGUGGAUACUCCAGUGCUUCUCAGGUCAUGAUGAACUCUGAUUCCUCAGAGGCUGAGCAGCCAAGCAGGAGCGAACGCCACACGACGUUAUCCAAGUACUCCCCGCGUGGCUCACUGUCUGACAUGUCUGACGGAUCUUCACGGGACAGUCCUGAACCUAUCAACUUUGACAUCAAACACGAGAGCUCUGGAAUGGACAUUAACAGGCUUGAGGCAAGUGUUCUUAAUGGCAUGUUCAAUGGCCAUCAAAGUCUUAGACAACUGGAGAAUCACCAAACGCAAGAAAUGGAGCAGCACGAAGGUGUCAACAGCCCAGCGCCCCCGUCCGCCACGCCCCAAAGAAGCGUCAUCCUCUUUCGUUCCGGAAGCAGCUCGUACCCGGUUGAGAGCCAAAGGGUUGAGGACAUGGAGCAGCAGGUUGCCCAAACGCAACAUAAUGGCCAAAUCACUCAUUUUACUCAAACAGGGUGCAAUCUACCAAUCAGACCUGAUGGUUUAGAGACUCUUUCAGAGGUUGCACAACAGCUAGCCAGGAGGUCUUUGGAUUCACCAAACUACGAAUUCAAGGCGGAUGCCGGGGAGAGCAGGAGGUUUGUCAUACAGCAACAAGACCUGAGUAGAAGUCAGGUUCAAGAGGGCACUCCAAACUCUUUUGCUCCUGAUUUGCUCAACGAGGCUGGAAAAGCCCACGUAUACCAGCGGUCCAAUCCCUACCUCGGCACUCUAAACGAGGAGCCACCAGUGCUAACGUAUGAAGGCUGCCCAAAAGCAGAUGGUUUCUACCAAGAGCACUCCUCCUCAGGCAAGGACACCUCCUCUAGCGAUGGAGACCCACGCAGCUCGGAUAAAGAAGCCUCCACUGAUGAUGAAUCCCCCUCAUCCUCUUCCUCUGAUACCGGUGGAUAUCACGCCAUCCACCAGUCAGCAUCCUCACCCACGAUGGUCGCCAGUGAUGCGUACCAGUACGGAGACAACCAAGGUGAAAUGAAAGGCACUGCUCUGCCACACAAGCUAAGGCUCAAGUACAGAGCACUAUCUAAUGGUGGCUCCCAAGACGUCCUGGCUACGGCGGCCGCUACGUCACCCGAUCACGCUCUGCCUCAGCACCCCUACCUGGCGCUAGCGCAGGUUAACCAGCAGCAAGGCAGCAGCUCUGGAAGCAAGGAGGGGGAGAGCGAGACAACAGAUGAACUUUGCACACAACAGUCUCCUUCCAGAGAGAAGGAAAGUGGGAAGAGGAGCUCAGGAGGACGAGGUAGCAGAAACAAGAAACGUGACUGAAACUGGCACAUCAAAUCCUUUAAUUAAGACGGGACUUGAUAAAUGUCACCUUACCAUCCUUAUAGAAAGAAAAAUGAAAACGGUACCAAUUGCAUGAAAGUCUAUUGCUUAUACGUAACAUCAGCAACAAGAAAGUAACUCGUUGUGUUCUUGGUCUGUUUAUCAAGAGCAAUUCUGUGACCUUUUAAUGCAGCUCUGUUCUCUUACUCUCUUUCAUAAGCACUUAAAUGUAACUCGAAGAAGUUGCGAAGAGGAAACUGAGCUCUUUCAAAUGAUCUCUUUCCUCUUUCAAAACAAACCUACAAAACUCUGUAUAGCAACCUUUGAAUUUACCUUACAUGUUUCGUAGCUAAAUCGAUGGGUAGUCUCUGAGCCCAAGUAGUUUGCGCCACAAGUUCAUGGAGUUCAUCUCCCUACUGAUUUCAGGAGGAAAAACCUCAGCAGAUUUAUGCCUGUCUCUCUCCUCUGCCUUCAGACUUUAGCAUUAUUGAAGCACUUGGAUUAUUAUAAUACUGUGACAUGACUAAACAUAUCAUAUUUCAAUAUAUUUUAUGAAAAAGGUGACAUGUCAAUCUUCAGGAGUAGAAAAGUGGGAGAAAGACUACGAACACUGUCUACUUCUUACUGUAUAGUCCUUUCCUAAUGUUCAUAUCUGAUGCUUCCAUUAUAUUUUUGAAAUCAUCGUAUUUAUGUCCCCGUAUCACACCGUUCGAGAGAACGUUCUCUUCAUAGUGUUUCAUUCAUAGGUCAAGGUUAACCGGUGGAAAAAUCACCUUUUGUACAUCACAUUACUAUAUUGUAUCACUGUAAAGGAGCCUGAUGGAUCGACCCUCUCCAAAGGUCACUGUGACCAAUCAUUUUUUGAAAACGUUCACCUGACAUUUAGCCAAAUUAGAGUAAAAGCCCUUUCGGAAACGUCAAGGCGGCCGAAUUAAUAUGCGAACUGUACAAAGUGUAAGAUACAUCAUUGCCGUCUCAAGAUGGUCGUUGUGGUCAGGUUUCAGAGACGCCUCACAUGCUACCUCAUGAGAAGAAACGGUUGAGGUUACGUAGAACUGGAGAGUUUCUCCUUUGGUGCGUGUAGCCCAUUGCAUCAUCACACCCAUUAACUGUUGCGUAUAAACGUUAACACACGGUAAAAUGCUGCAGCACACGACUAAGUGUUACCUAGACACAAAUUCAGUCCCACUAGUUGUCUUUGUAGAAUUUACCACAGCUGAAAGCUGCUUCUGCACUGAAUUUUUUUCAUCAGAUUUUAUACAGUCUGUGUUUAUUGUUCCCAAACAGGUGCCUGGCACUGGCCAUUAUGUAAAAAGUGUACAGACAAAUUCUCUCUUUUGAGUAUUUUAAGUUUGUAUCAAGUUUAUUUUGGCAUUCUAUAAUAAUAAUUAUUAUUAUUAUUAAUAUUUUAUUUUAUAUUCCAAUGCUAUUAUUCUUUUUCGGGUUAAUAUUUCUCGUGUCUGUUGUCUGUUCACCUCAAUGUGAUACAGUAUGUAUGUAUUUUCAUGUCCUGUUCAUCUAUUUCACCUCUGUACCCUGGUGUAAUUGUGUGGUAUUUACUGAAGUUUUAAGAAAAAAAAAAAAAAGAAAGAUGUUUGUUAAAAGAGGUGGGCGUGCCUAUCCAGGUGCUCAGAAUGACACUAAAGGAGUGGAAAGCAAAAUAAAACAUGUUGUAUGUUCAAUUUA